AUGCCUGCUACUGACGGAAGGGAAUCGCGUACAGAGCGUGAGAGAGAGAAGGAGGGAGGUGCGGAUAGCUUAUCCCGGCAAGGUGACAAGGUUCGUACGGACGCUACCCUACCUCGCGGCUUGGUACAGUACGACGGUGCAAGAGCGGGCAGUAGUGGUGUACUGGUCCAUGGAUGGGCGGCCGCACCCUGUUCCCACCCGGAACGUGCUCCUGCGUCCAAUCCAGUCCAGUCUAAUGCCGUCCAAUCCUCAUCCCCGCCAUUUUACCCGAACUUCGUGAUCGGUCUCCAGCAGUUUUCUUUUCUCGACUCACACUCCCUCUCCUUCGGUCACCCGUCCAUUCAGCAUCAAUCGAAGCUUGCCAACCGACGCCUCUGGCUCCAAACUACGGUCUACGAAUAUAGUCUACUCCGUACUCCGUACCUACAGUCCAUCGCCGGCUCAACUUGCCAUCGCCUACGGGUACUGUGCGGGAACAUUGCACCCCGACUUUCCGCUGCCCACGUUCCUUUGUCCCACGCACUGCUCCGCGCACUCUGGAAGCCCGGCCCAGGCCCGCUGCUAAUCACCCACCUACCAACCACUUUCCCUGUACCUCUUCGUAGAGGAAGCAAACAUGCGUUUCUUGGCUUCAACGUUUACUGCAUUCCUGCGCCGCCUCCAGCACAUACCGAUACCUACCUCUUGAACCCUGGAAUGGAGCCGUUGAACGAUAACCGCGUCUCCCAACCGUCCUUUAUCCUCGUUGCCUUGUCUGUUGCCUCGCUGACGUCGACAUCUCUUCAGCCGCGCUGGACGAACCACGGCGAUAGCUUCGCAGUUCUUCGCCUCAAGGAUCAGACGCCUCUGGCAUGCGACAAGACGCCAGGGCAGGACGCCAAACAGGUCACCCCCCGUUCGGAACCCAUCCCCGACCGCGCCAUGCUUGGUUCUGAUCCGCUCCCUAUGCAGGCUUCAUCCCAUCUUGCGGCCCCGGCCUUAUAG